AUGGACAUGUUAAGUCAAUAUGUAUAUAACAAUUUAAAAGAUAAAUCAAGAUUGUUUGAUGAUACAACACUAACACCAAGUGAUUUUAACAACAUUCAUGAUUUUGAUUGGGAAAUGGACGAGAGUGAUGAUGACGAUUAUGAUUAUUCUGUAGAUGAUGAUGAAGAUGACGAUGACAGUAGUGAUGUUGCUGAUCCGAUGCUUCACGAAUUGAUAGAUAUUGAUGAUGAUGAACCAAAUAUGACAUCAACUAGAACAGAUUUUCAAGGUAUAAACAUCCGAGACAAUAUUGACUCGGAAGAUCUCAAGUCUUAUUUCAAAAUUAAAAUUAAUAAUAAAACAAAAUAUCUACAUAAACAAUCGGCAUGCUGGUUGUUAACAGACGAAAAUGCAUAUAUAUCUGCUGAUCGUUUAUCUCGUGUUAUACAAACAAGUGACAAUAAUAUGUGA